AUGGAUAUGGGUCAUGCAUACCAAGGGAAAAAACAAAACAGGUUCAGGUUUUUGCAUUUUGGACCAGAUCAUAAUAAACUGGUCAUCAAGGUCCCUCAUUGUAGGAUGUUAAGAGUGGUAUCUAGAUCACUUCUUCUAUCAUUAGUCAUUUUCACAUUCCCUUGGAUUUUCUUCAUCUUUCUGAGAUCAUUCAGUUCUUACAAUGUUGUUGCUUCUGAUCCUAUUAAUGGCGCGGUACUACCAAUACUUUUCAAGGAUCUGGUUAACGAGGGAAUACUUGAAUCAAAAGAUAAUAAAGGGCUCUUAUUUUGUACAGGAAGCCCUGCUGAGGAUUCUCUCAUUAAUCUUGACAUUUUCAAUAAGAACAAUGAGAUGAGUAUGAUUUCUGAAUUGGAUAUUGAGCGCCAAAACUCAAUUCCUGAUAGCACAUUUGAUUUCGUCAUGGUUUCUGGAUUCGAAACUGUUGCAAUCAUUGAUCGAAUGCUCAAAACCGGGGGAGUCGCAGUAGUCCAGCUUAGUAGCAACAAUUCGGGUUCUUUCCGAAAACCAUCCCAUUACAGAAUUGAAUAUCUUCGGCGUUUCACGCCAACCAUUGUAGCUAUGAGAAAAACUGGUUUAGGUGAUUUAUCUUUAAAUACACCGACAACAAGGCGCCUUUUUGGAAUGGAUUCAGAAGCAGAAAGAGCUGCAUUGAAUGAUGCAGAAGAUGUUCUUUAUGAGCCACCAAGGAAAGCCUUGUUUAGUUCCAAGGAGUUCUUGAAGAGCACCAAAUUUCUCCCACAUUUAACAGGUGAUUUACCUUGA